CAGGUGCAAACAGAGUUGUUCUGGAGGGGAAGUCACAAACAUGACGACCAUGAAAAGACUCCUGCUGCUUCUCGGUCUGCUGCAGAAAGGUGUGAGCUGCGCCAAGGAAAGCCUGUUCGUGUACAGCCACCGCGGCGGGGACGCGUUGCUCCCGUGCCCGGCCGCGCCGCCCGGCUGCUCCUCCAUCACCUGGAGCUUCUUCAAGGGCGGGGAGGUGCAGUACUCCCGGGAGGUGGAGGCCGGGGCGGUGCGGCCCGAGUCGGACCGGUUCGGCCGCAUGUUCCUGACCUCCGACUGCUCGCUGCGCAUGCGCGGCCUGCAGCUGGACGACGCCGGCUCGUACGCCUGCGAGCGGCUCCAGGAGCGGGUGGCCGACGUGUAUCUGUCCCUGCUGGACAUCAGCUCGGACUCCGGCGUGGCGGAGCUGCGGCCCGGGGGGAGCCUGGUUCUCUGCUGCCUGCUGUUCACCUACUACGACCCCGGGACCUGCGCCAGCAGCGUGGCCCGGGGCUUCCAGCUGCGCUGGCUGGCGGAGGACGGAGCGCCGCUGCGCAACGACAACAGGUUCACGCUGAUGGAAGACAACUACUGCAACGUGACCCUGGUGGUGAAGCUGCAGGCGGAGGACGACAACAGGAGGUGGAGGUGUGAGGUGAACGCGGUCGCAGCAGACGGAGGGACAGCUUCUCUGGACUUCAGGUCCUCGUUUCUGCUCCUCAACACUCCUGCUGCUGCCCAGGAUCCGGACCCAGACGUCUCCAGCAGCCGGCCGUGUCCCGUCCAGCUGCCCGUCAGCCGCAUCGUGCUGUGCGUGGCUCUGCCGCUCAUGGUGGCCAUCGUGGCCGUCGUCACGUGGACGCGGGACCACAAGAGAGCCAAGACGUCAGCCGCCGCCAGCUUCAGGAAAUGAGAUGAUUAGUGAUCACUGAUUUGUUUGUAUUUUGUUUUAUUCAGUCAUGCAGCCUUAAUUUUAUGUCCUUGUGAAUCCCAGAUGUUGUGGGUGUCAUGCAGAUGUGAAUUCAUAUUUUGAUCUCAACAUAACCUGCUUUAAUGGACGAAAUGAGAUAGUAGAUUCUUCUUGAGAUGCACAGAUAUGACAAAUGUCACGUGUUUGACAUGAAGUUUAGUUUUACUGAACUGAGGAAAGAGUUUAAUACCAAAAAAAGCUUUUUAAGUUCAAGUUCAAAGAAAUUACUAAGGUUUUAGCAAAACAACCUAAAAUAUAAGUGAAGAUGUCUCUUUGUUAUGAAUGUUUUAUUUAUUAAAAUUGUAUUUUGAAGAAUUUCUUGUCACCUCUACAUUUUUGGUUUAUUCUUUAUUUUCUUUCCUGUUCUCCUUUC